AUGAAAGCCGUAGAUACUGAUGCGAUCACCGCAGUCGAGCGGCAGCUCAAAGACAUUGUGCAGACGCUCUACAACCUCAUAGUUCAGGCCUACGACCAUCACGGCAGCAAGACGCAAGAUGCCAUGAAGCGUGAGAUCCAGGCACUGAUCCAGAAUCUUGUGAGACUGUCGAACACAGCUCCUAACGUUCUCAUCGACAUACCUCCGGAGGUCACAAAUUAUGUCGAGAGCUCUCGAAACCCAGACAUUUACACUCGAGAGUUUGUCGAGCUUGUCCAGCGCACCAAUCAGAUGCUGAAGGGUCGCGAAGAAGCGUUCCGUUUCCUGCAAGAACAGAUUGCAUGGCAGCUUUCCAAUGCUGUUCCUGAGCUCAAGGACGAUGUCGUUAAAGUCGUCGAGUCCACCGGUGGAAAAGUCCCUACUUGA